GUCUUUCAGUUUUUGCUUUCAAGACUUUGUUUUCUCUCUUUCUAUACCGAAAAUUAAUAGUUUGAUUUAGUUGAUGACGUAGCAGCAGAGAUGGGGAGGAGAAGAGAGAAAGAUUCAUCAAGAUCUCAAACUCUACCACCCUCACCAUCCCACUCUUUUUCUUCAUCGUCCUCCUCAGACUUUGAAUUCACCAUUUCAAUCUCUCCACGCAACAAGUCUUCUUCAACUCUUUGCCCCGCCGAUGAGCUCUUCUACAAGGGCCAGCUCUUACCCCUCCAUCUCUCCCCUCGCAUCUCCAUGGUCCGUACACUCCUUCUAGCUUCCUCGAGCACCUCCUCCUCCUCCGACACAACCACCACCGCCUCACGUGACUCCACCGGCAGCGCCUCUUCUCAGGAAUCCAACUCCUCCUUCACCAGCGACCUUGUGUUGCUUGCUGAGUGUGACUCGUCACGACCCAGUUCAGUUACCGAGGACGACGAAUUCAGAAGACUGAAUGGUAACCAGAGUUUUCAAAGUCAGAUCAAGAAAAACAAGUACUUCUCUUUGUCAAGAUUCUCAUCCGUGUUUAAAAAGGAGUCGUCGAAGAGUCGUGACCCGGAUAACAUGUCUAGUUCUUCCGUAAAAAGAAUGAGCACGUCCGCGAAAGAGGUGAUAAGAAAAUAUUUGAAGAAAGUGAAGCCAUUGUAUGAGAAAUUAUCUCAAAAACAACAGCAAAAAAUGGGAGGAGGAUCAGUAGCAGCAAUAAAAGCAGAGAGAUCUGUAAGAGAUAUAGACAUAUACAGCAAGAACGCAGUGAAAGAAAGUAGUAGUGGAAUUUCCCACUCUUUCUCCGGAAAUCUAAGGUACCCAAGAAGGAGAAGCUGUAUUUCAAGCUGUCCGUCGUCGAUGAGGUCAUCGCCAAGUCACUCAGGAAUACUUUCUCGAAGUGGAUUCUCAGGUGUGAGUGGGGGCCACUACUCUUCAAAUUCAUCGACAAUGGAGGAGUUGCAGAGUGCAAUUCAAGGUGCAAUUGCCCACUGCAAGAACUCCAUGAACAAGAGCUUGGUCAGUAAUGAAAUUUGAGAUUAAUAAUUAUUAUUAUUAUUAUUUAACAGUGCGAUAUUAAUAUAUCUCUUUUGUCUGAUACGGCGUCGUGGGAUUCUGAAGUGACUCUAACGUGAGGUGGUAAAAGUUGCAUGUGAAGUUAUCGUUUCAUUUUGGAAUAUUAUUGUCUCUACUCUUAACUUCAAGUCUUGGAAUUUGUAACUUUUAGGUUUUUUCCUUUGUUUUUAAUUCAUAGCAAAACCCACUUUACGUUUG